AUGGGCGACACCAAUAAGGACCUUGAGGAUCUCGCAAAGUCCACUACUGAGGACUUUUAUGAGUUGCUUGGUGUAGCCUUCGAUGCGCCAGAAGCUGCGAUCAAAAAGGCUUACCGUAAGGCCUCGAUACGCUACCAUCCCGACAAGAACCCCGAUAACAAAGAUGCCGCCGACCGCUUCAUUUACCUAGGAUGGGCACGCGACAUCCUCAUCGACGAGAAGCUCAAGGGCGAAUAUGACCGUGCGCGUACGAGGCGGCGCGAGAAGGCGUUGCAGGAUGAGCUGUUAGAUGGUCGGCGGCGCAACAUGAUUGAUGAAUUGGAGAGGAGGGAACGAGAGGUGCCCAACCUGAAGAGGAAGAGGGCAGAACAAAUGAACGAAGCAGAGAGGAGGGAGCGAGAGAAGGAGCAAGAGAUGCAAAGACUAGCUGAAGACACUAAGAGGCGGAGAAAGGAACUCAAGGAGCGCAGGGAAAAGGAACGCAAAGAAGAGUAUGAGGCGAGCUUCAUGGAUAUCGAGAAGAGCCCUGAGCCACAAGCACCCAAGCCUGGAGAGUCCGCCGAGAUCGAUCGCACGGUCAAGGUUCGGUUUCAGCGAGAAGGUGAAACUACAGAUUGGGACAAGGACAAGAUGUCGAGCAUGUUUGUGAAAUAUGGCAAGAUUGACAGCGUAGUCAUGGGCAAAGACAAGAAGAUUCGACCUUCAGGGGGGAAACAUCGCAACACCGUCGCCACCGUCUUCAUUACAUACACGCGUCUUGAUCACGCACAUGCUGCUGUCUUGGACGGCAAGUCCGACUACCCGUCGCUUGAAUCUGUGUCUUGGGUGAAUGGCCCACCUGACCUCAAAUGGCGAACCACCGGCCCAUCAACACACAAUAUGCCGAGCUUGGAGGAGGUCACCAUGAUGAGGUUAAAGGAAGCAGGGAAGAAACAAUUGGAAGAACAGAUACGCAAGCGGGAGGCUGCCGAGGAAGCUGCAAUAGCACCGUCAACACCUAUCUCCACGCCGAAGAACAAGUCUUUCAGAACAUCGUUUGGACCUAGUAUAGUGAAGGGCGUAGGAAGCACGCCACUAGGAACACCAAAAUUCUCCUUUAGUCCGAAGACGCCGAACUUGGAAGAGGUCACCAUGAUGAGGUCGAAGCAAGCAGAGAAGAAGCGGUUGGAAGAACAGAUACGCAAGCAGGAAGCUGCUGAGGAAGCUACACUAUGA